AUGUUGGACAAACUGUUGACUCCUCUAGUCACUGAACUGAUGGCUGCAAAGCCCAAACCGCAGUCAAAGUCGCCAGGGGCCACACACUCUAAGGGAAAUACUGUAGCCCGCGUCUUCAAGGACCGCGAUGGCCUAGGUGCUUACAUCGCAAAUCCAGGUGGCUUCCCGCCCAGCAGGGUGAUCUACCACACGCCAGACUUCGUCGCCAUCCACGACCUGUACCCGAAAGCAUCGGUGCACUGCCUGUUGCUUCCGCGGUCAGACCAGCAUAAUCUUGAGCACCCAUUCGACGCUUUCGAGGACGCCGCCUUCCUGGCUUCUGUGGAGGCAGAGACCGCCAAGCUCAAGACUCUCGUGGCCAAAGAGCUCCAGCGCCGGUUCGGGCCACACAGCAAGCAAGAUGCCGCCCGCGAGGCGGUGCUGAACGGGACUGCGGACCCGCCGGACCUCGAGCAUCCAGAGCGGCUGCCAGAAGGGCGUGACUGGGAGGCGGAGGUUAAAGUCGGCGUACAUGCACAUCCGAGUAUGAGCCACCUGCAUGUCCACGUCUUCUCGCGGGACAUGCACAGCCCCUGCCUGAAGCAUCGCAAGCACUACAACAGCUUCAACACGCCGUUUCUUGUCGACAUAGCCGACUUUCCGUUGGCGGAGGACGACCCGCGUCGCCAUCCGGGGCAUGAGGGGUUCAUGAAGCAGGGCAUGGUGUGCUGGCGAUGCGGACGGGACUUUAAGAAUAAGUUCAAGGAACUGAAGGAUCACCUGGAGAUCGAGUUCGGGGAAUGGAAACGCGAGUGA